CCACUAACUGUCUUCUGUUACUACACAUCCAUCCAUGAUCUAUUAUCUGAUGUUUAUAGUAAAGGUAGAAUAAUAAAGUCUCUGUAGCAUGGAACUUUUUAUGUGGAAAACCGAUCGAAAGGGUUGGGUUGGCAAGGUUUAAUGAUCUACUGUUUGCUGUUAUCCAUUAAUGGAAGUUUCAUUGCUAUAGUUUUGACAUCUGAGCUUUUCUUUUGGCUGUAAUAAGGCAGUUCAAAUUUCUGGCAGGUGAUUCUGCUAAAUCUUGAAAUGGCCUAUUUUCACGAGUUUCAACUUUCAAUCCAUUGCAAAAGAAAUUUUUACAAAAAUUAGAAUUAGUAACCUGGGAAAUAAGACAUAUGCUACCUGCUACAAAACGUUAAGAUAUACUUAUAUGAUAAUGUAAUAAAACAGUUAUUGUUAGUGUGUAUAAAUUAAAUCAUUGCACCUAUAAAUAAGGAUCAGAAUCUGCUAGUAGAUGAAGAUAAAAGGUACAACAAUAACCCCUGAAAUAUGGUUUCUAUUUCAAUUAUUCAUGAACAUGUAUGCAAUAAACUCGGUCAUAUUUACUGCAUUCCAAAUAUGAGAGAAGGUUCCAUUUUGGAUCUCUCAUUGAACUCAGUUUAAAUACCUUCUUUUGAAUUUGAAUUUCUUUAGUGCAUGACAUUUAGUUCAGUAAUACUUUAGUCGGUAUUCAGCAAUUAUGAUCAUAUAUCCUUUCCUAUCAUUUGCCGUCAAACUUCAACAGAUAUCUAGAAGAGAACAUUGAUUACAUCUUGUGAAACUUGACAUAGUUUUUUUCGGUUGUAAAUAGUUGUUGAGUUUCUUCAGAUGUCCCCAAAUGAAAUGUACUUGUGUGGAUCAACAAAACCAAGGCAAAAUAUAUUGUCUCUUUCUUAAUUACAAAGGAUAUGCCAAGAAAAAAACAACACAGAAUAACACAUUUCAUUAGAGGCUGCUCUCACACAUGACACCCUUGAGGCUUGUAAAUUAAAUUUAUCAGCACUUUUUUCUCAAUUCGCAAAGAUUUAUCUAAGGUCACUAGCAAGAAUGACUAUGCAUGCAUUACCUUAAGGAACCAGUACAUUACUGAAAAAAACAGAAUGGUAUGCACUAAUGUAUUAAUGGGAAGAGUUCAUCACAAUGGAUGCAUCCCACAGCUGGUUGUGCCUAAAAUAAGUCAUGUAUAUAAGGAGAAUAAAAGAAUGCACCUCUUCGUAUCCCGGCUUUCACAUAGUACUCAGAGAAGUAUAUUUGGGACAGUGAAAUCUGCAUUGAACAGUCAGGAGAAGCAACUGAGAGCCUUAGAUUCUUACUUCAAGAAGCUUCAUAAUAGCACAGGAGCUUCGUCUUCGAAUGAGAUAGAAGAACUAACUGGUAAAAAUCAUCAACUUAAAGCAGAGAAGUCACUGAAAUCUUUAAAUGAUUUCAGUGGAAAAGCCAAUGGAGGUGCAGAGUCAAAAUUGCAUGCUUUUUCUGUUUCUGAUGACGAAACAUUUGAAGAAGCAUCAUAUUUUUCAAUGAAAAUGAUCGACAGUGGUGGCAGAGCUAAGAAACUAAAACAGUACAUGAAGUUAAAGGCUAAGGACAUUGACAGUUCUAACCAAGAAUCAUCUAGUUUUUACUUUAUAGGAAUACUGGCUUCUAUAAACAUUGCAGUUUUCCUCUUCGAAACAGCUAGUCCAGUCAGGAACUCUGAAAUAGGGAUGCUUUCACUUCCAAUGGUAUAUGGCGCGAAGAUAAAUCAUUUGAUCCUACUUGGUGAAUGGUGGAGACUUCUGACACCAAUGUUUCUGCACUCAGGAGUCCUUCACAUAGCCCUUGGUUGUUGGGUGCUUCUUAGUUUUGGGCCUCAAGUAUGUAAAGCAUACGGCUCGUUUGCAUUUUUCCUGAUAUAUGUUCUUGGAGGUAUUUCUGGUAACCUCAUCAGCUUUCUUCAUACCCCAGACCCAACUGUUGGAGGAACUGGACCUGGUUUUGCUUUAAUAGGAGCUUGGCUCAUUUAUCAAGUUCGGAACAAAGACAUGCUAGGAAAAGAAAGCAUGAUUGAGAAAGCGAUAAUGGCUACUGCUUUCAGCUUUGUUCUUAGCAACUUGGGGCCUAUAGAUGACUGGGCACAUUUUGGAGCAGCUUUAAUGGGAAUAGCAUAUGGCUAUCUUACAUGUCCAGCUCUUCAAUUGGACAAUGCAGCUUCAGAAAAUGGUCAAAAAGAAGGAAUCACACUUGUUGAACAAUAUUCAGAUCCUUGUAAAUCUCUUAUUUACUUCUCAGUCUUCAUUCUGCUGCUGGCUUCCUUGCUUUUGGUUAUAGAACCUCCUCUCAACUCAAUAGCUGAAGCUGUUGACAGGUUCUGAACUGAAGCAGAGUGCUUAAAACCUCAAAUACCUUGUAAAUAGGCGUGUUGUAUAUAGUUUUUGAAUAAAUGAGCUUCAUAAAUUUUUCUAACUCUUGA